AUGUCUAUCUUUGAGUUCGUUCGAAUAAAUCUUCAAAACAUUGAUUUCUUCAUACAUUUUAAAUACAUAAAAGACGAUGAAAGACUUGCAUGGGAUUACUAUAUAAGCACCUUGGCAACAUUAUCUCAAGAUGCAGAUAUAGAAAUUAAAACCUUGGCCAAAAGGAGAAAAGAUGAAGCAAUGCUAAAGAAUCAAGUAGUUGACGCUAAAAGAUAUCAUCUACAAUUUAAUUCAGUAUCCGAUCAAGUGAACAAAACAUCCUCACUACUUAUUUCAGAUGAAGUAGCUAUAGACCAGCACAAACAAGAUGAUGUCAUAACACGUAAGAAAAAGUCGGAAACCCUUGAAGAGAAUGACUUUUACGACAAUUACGAAGAAAUUGUAGAUGACAUACAAGAUAAUAUUCUUAUUGUGGACAACAUAAAUGUCCGCUUAAGAAUAGAAGAAUGGCGCAAAAAUUCUGAACAUAUUUAUGAAAUACAUAAGCAGGAUAAGUUUAUUUCACAGUUUGUUACGUUACAAUAUAAUCGAUACGAUCAGUAUUCAGCAACAGGGACGAGAAAUAAUUUCGGUGAUAUUUGGAGUACAUUAAUUGAUGCUAUGGAAACUGUAACUUCAUAUUCCAUAACGAAUUGUGAUGAUGAGAUUAACAAUUACGGCAAAAAUGUUUUGAAAAAUGUGACAAGUCCUAAAUAUAUUGAAGGUUUAGUAAGUGUAUUGGACGAACAAGCUGAGUACCAAUACAUAAUAAACUUUAUUUCACCGAUCUUCAAAAUUCUAUUUAAAGAUCUUGGAUAUUUAGGUUUCGAUUGGGGCGAAAAAGCAUUAAAAUGUUCAGCGAUUUUAUUAAAUAAAUCUCAAAGAGAUGAUAAACGACGUAACAUUGGUAGCAAAAUUGAUACCAUUAUAAAAUUGGGUCCAAAUAACAAUUCCAAAUAA